AUGGGAUCCCUGCUUUUCGGGUCGCUUAAGGUCCUGGAAGGCUUUAAGGUUCUUAAGUGUCGGCACGAAUAUGACCCUUCUCGUGGCGCAGCUUGGUGCAUCCGCAAGCGCAUUCGGACGGCAAAAAGACAUAGCCACACUUAUGGGCAUCCCAAAAAACACGAAAAGUGUUUUCUUUUCGCCUUGGCAUCGAACGACGAGGAUCUUCGUCUGCUAGCUCGCAAUGUACCCGGGAUGCCGUUAUUUAUAAUUGCACAACGAUGUGUCAACAUAGAGCCUAUACCUGCCUCCACACAAGCCUUGAUCGAGAGUUUGACUACUGAAAGUUUGAAACUGAGUGAAGCAGAAGUGAGUAUUCUUUAAUUCUCGCAGAUUGCUUAUGUCGUGUUCCCUUUAUCUGGAUCCCAAUUUUGUACCGUUUUCAGGCGUCCAGGCUCCUUGCUAUCGAACAGAAGUUUGGUCUUGAACAAGACGCCCCCUUAAAACGAAAGAAGAAGCAUAAACAGGCUCCAAACCCGCUAUCAUGCAGAAAGAAGAAAAAGGGAGCUAUCCCCUCGUCACAACCUGUCCCCACCGGCACCACCGCUGACACGAAGUCUUGGAAACGCCGGCGUUCUCUUCACAAAACGUGGGCUAUGCGUCAAGUGCUUGCAAAGAUGUAUGCUGAAUUAAAGCCUUGAGUGUAUAUUAUGGCUGUCAAUUGACGCUGUUCGAUGGAAAGACUGGAUGGUCCACAGGAGAUACGGGUCUUUGCUGCCGGGGCCUUUAUGUUUCCUUUCGGCCUAAUGAAAAUGAAGCGAUCUUGCAUUACGUGGCUCCACUAGAAAGUUUGCCGACGAUGUUUUCAACUGUUUCAGCGCUCUUUUGCUUUUACGGUAAAUGUUCUCUACAGUCUCUUUUUCACUCUCCGCACGACAACUUAGUACACACGUGCUGGUGGGUCCUUUGUCUCGGAAACCAGAAAAUGACCCAUGAUGUCCCUGUUUCUAACCCCACGCAGAAGUUUUGUCCACGGAUUAUUUAGAUUGCCGCUCGUUCCAUCCCCAUGUGCCACCUGACUACUGUGAACUGGAUAAUCGUCGCUGGUGUUAACUGGUUUCUGUUAUGAUUUUUGUCCUGAGCUGUGUUUUAACUUUAGCUAUUUAGAUCUGCUUACCUAGGUCCGCUAGGACCAUGUUUUCCAGCCUACUUGCACUCAUCUCUGACCUGAUUCGAAUCUAAAUUGGCGUUUUUUGGAAGCUACUGUAGUAUCAUGUUUUGUUUUGCAAAAAUCCCUUGGAUUUGAUGCGGACAAUCUUCCUCCUAGCGAGUAGGGCCGGUUAAAAUACUACUUUAUACUAUCCUCAGUGACUUGAGUGGGAUUGGACCCUUAGAUUCGCAUACAGUAAAUGUAUCCACUAGCGCGAAUGGCAUUAACGAAAGCAUCUAAAAAGCCCGAGGAGCUCCACGGACGGGCUAGCACUUUACCUUUUUGAUUUCAGUGUUUUCCUUGUAUGGGUCCUCCGGUAAUUAGCGCUCUGGAAUGCUCCAUCCGUGUGAGGUUUUAAUUCAGCCGUGCUCGAAUCGUGAGACGCUGCCGGUUCCACCAGCCGUGGAUGCUGACUUCGUUUGAAUCGAUGGUUUCGUUUCUGUAAGACGAGUAGGGAGUCCGCUCGGCCGCUUUGCUCCCUUCAACGGGCCACGCAGGAGUUGCGCUGGACCAACAUGGAGGCUCGAUCAGGGUCGGGCACGCCUUAUUGAACCGUAUACCCAUAACAAAUGCCACACGAGGAGUCUGGUGGCAAGCCUAGGGGAAGGCUCACGCCGCGCCAUCCACCUGCACCCCCAGUCUUCUUCAUUUAUCGACACCGAACCCAGGGGAGAGAGAGCGGCGGGUGCAUCACAAGUCUACUUUCGCCAUAAACGAACUCACACGCAAGUCACUGACCCUGCGCCCACUAUCCUGUGAGACACGCUCGACGCCGACGGGGACGGCGGUCGAACUGUUAGUUUUGUGUCUACUGUUAGUUGUUGAGUAGGCUUUGCAAGUUAAAUAUAUAAUUUCGCUUUAUCUACCUGGAAGCGGAUGCUGCCCCAACGAGAGUUGCCAAUACUAUUUGAAGGUCUGGCGGUCCCUAACUGAGAAGUGAGUUUUGUCACUAACUUGUUGUAAACACGUCGUUUAGGAAACAGCUAAUAUCAAUGCUUAAGAAGGAUUGGUAUCACGUUAACUUCGAACUUGUGGCGUGGCAGACUUACGUCCCGACAAGUGUCGAGUGCUUUCGUUGUAGUGUGGUUACCAUAGAUUUACAGCCGAUUAUCUGGUUCGUAACUCCACUUUUCUGCUAACCGAACCGAUUUUUGGAGUCUAGACUAGUCCGUGCUUUCGAGGAUAACUCCCUGAAUCAACAAAAACCAAUGGUAAUGAAGAACCGCAUACAGAAUCGUCAUGGCCUGUAACUAAUUUCCAGGCUUCUAGGUGACAAGCCCAGAAGUCAUUCUUCCCGCAAGCUACCAUGCGUUCCGGCUCAUUGGCCAGUUAUAUUUAUGCUGUUCUCAUCUUCAUAGUUGCCUGUACCUGAGUUAAGUUUGGCAAAGAGGCAGGGAGUCGCCUAACGUCUGGAGUGUGUAAGGUUAGCCCAAAGACUCGAUCUAGAGCGUAUGCAACUUCCAUCAGGACAAUAAUUCUAUAUAGAUAUUAGAUAUGCGCUCCCUCGGAAUAUUUGAUGCUACUUGCGUUUCGAGUCGUAAAUUCGCCACUCCCAUCGCGUCUCCAAUAAGUAACCGCAGUCGGCUGAGUUGACUGUGUUAUGCGCCAAAUUGGCCUGAAGAAGAAGAAGAAGACGUCUAGGAUGCCGUAUCACUCAUACCCAUUCCCGGCCAGCGUGAGCAUCAAGACUGACAGCUGAGCGGGUGUGGGGAGGCUGAGCUUCCGUGCCUCACUUGUGCUUAUGUUGCAAAUGGCCCAACUUUGCUCAGUAGUUUGUCGCCAACCAACUGCAAUGGAGGGCUAACAUCAAUAACCUCUUGAACCUGUAACUUGGGACUGACUGCAUCAGCCACAAUGAGCGACUUCGCGGUUACGAAUGAAGAAGUCGGUGUGCGGCCCGCAUAUAAAGUCACUAAAUCCAAACAGCUCAUUGCCCGACGUGUGUACAGCUGCCGGGCCUGUUUGCACCGAUCUUUUUUGCGGACUGCGGUGCUUUGGAAGUCUUUGGGUUCUAUUUUCUUUUUACCGUUAGUGACAAGGCAGACUGCAUGUACCGUUUCCGUCUUGUUUGCCAACAAGGUCCGACAACGAGGCUCAAUGACCAAGCGAGCCCUAUUCAAAUUGUGGGUCUGCUUGGCAUUGAGUCGUUGCAUGACUGUCCGAUGAUGCCAAGUAAACUGAGGUCAUUGCUGAUGCACCGUCAAAAAGGUAUCGACGAGACUGGACUCCUGGGAGGGAAAUGGCUUUGAUUGCGUCUCUAUCCGGACAGUGGCAGACUAACUUAAUUGGGUUAAGGUCGCUCCUUCUUUUGAUGCCUGUAAGGAUUGCCUUCGGCGCUGAUAAAUCCAGCGCGGCAUGCUCCUAGCGGGUAGCAAUAAAGUUACCUACAAAAUGCCUUGACAAUGACGAAGCUUGCGCUCUGACAAAUGAGGGCCUCCCACUCUUCAGUCGGUUAUUUACCAGUCCUCUGUCGAGAUCUGCGCUACAGUAGUAUAUGGUCCUCCGUGCUUUCCGACGACAUUACAUUUUGGCGCUGGAAAUCUAAGGCCCCAACCGCCAACAUCUAAUUAAAGAGAAUUUUUUCAAUCACACCCAGUAAUCUGGCUUAGGAUUACUCCGAAUACUGGAUAAAUGAGAAAUCGUAAUUUGCGCUUCUCUGUAUAUAUGGGGAGAAACAUAGUUGAUAAACGGAUUACUUGACCUUUCAGCCAGAUAGGUUUUAUGCGCUAUUCUCUUAUUGUGGAUCGCUGAAGUGUUUUCACUAUUUUCCUAGUCAAAUCUCACAAACCAUUGUGAUAUGAAAAGCGAGGGCAGGUUGCUAGCCCAUGAAGUAGACGAACAAACCGACAGUCCAUCCUACUGGGUAAUUUUGGAUAAAUCCAACCAAGGCGAGGCGUACUCGUGAAUCGCCUCAUCGAUUAACUCUAGGGCAACGUGGAUAGGCCGUUUUCCGAUGUGUAAUUAGGAUCGACUGACGAACACCACUCACAUGUGACUGCGCAUUUCUGACCGCAGUCUACAAGGCGUCCAACAGCGGUUCAACCAGUAGGACGCCAGACCCGACACCCAAGGUUUCGGGUAUCCCCCGCCGGAGAUUGAGUAUGUCUGCCGAAAGUCGAGAAUGACCACCACAUCCUCCUCCGCCCUCAUCGAUGGUACUUGUCGAGUAUUUUCUGCCCAUCCACUGCGUGCUCUAGAGCGGGAUCCAAAGAUAGCCGGGAUCGAUCCUUAUUCAAUCCCGCAAUCAGAACAGACCUCUGGACGCCUCUCACACGACGCCAAAAUCGCUCGUCGUAGGCCCGAAACCCUGUUAGUUUUCAGAGUGUAUCGCCUUCCUAUUUAACCAACUCUUCAUCAGCACCGUUGACCAGAUUUCGCAGAUGGCAUUGGCUCACGAUGAAGCAGAUUCGUUAACCGUCUACAUCGGUACUGAUAAUAGUCAACUCAAGGACAGUUUCCAGCACUAUUACGCCGCUCUCUGUCCCAUUCCACGUUGCUAACUAGAAAGAGGAAUUACCAGUAAACUUCCAGUGGCUCCGUUCUAGGGGAUGGCCAUAAGUAUGUUGCGGCGUCUUAUAUGGUCAAUCCAAGUGUUAAAUUCAUGCUGGAGAGAGAAGCGAUAGUCCUGGGUCGUUUUAUCGUCGUCGUCGUUCUUGUCCAAUAAGGACAUUCAGAUCAUAAGCCGACUUAGCGCCAAUAGAGAACUUAGUGCUGUUGAGUUUCAUACAACACUUGGCCCUGUAACUGCACUGGGCAGAUGGUGGAAGGGCUCAACUCUCGGAAGUCCGGUCAAAAUCUGCAAUGGGAGGCAGCAACCCAUUCGCGCAAGCCGCUGAGGUAAAAAAUUGAGCGGACCGUCAGAAAAGCAGGUGGGAUCCUGCCUUAGACUCGGCAUUCUGGUGGUCCUUGUGCGGACCGAUCUAUCUGCCUCCGUCCCAUUGCGUGCUGCGGUUUUGCUGUAAGAUGGCGUCACCGGUUUUUAGCCUAAGAUGCGACUCUAAGACACUCAAAGAGCACCUCCUUUGUUGCGCUUCGCCUCAGUUAAGGAUCUUUAGCACACGUCCCAAAGGACAGAUAAGCUGUGGAUUCCGACAAUCAGCCUGCUCCAACUUUCUGCCUUUCAGGAUUAACAGCUUAAGCUGCUGGGAACACAGCGGUAAAUACCCUGUCUUUAUUAAAAGUACUGCGCUCUAGGCCUUUUUGUUGUUUUUCUAAGAGUUGAAGGCUGAGGAAGGUAUUCCAGCGCUCCCUGUGCUCAACUUAUGCGGUUUGACGCGACACUAGCAUUAGGAAGUCCCCCUCAACGGUUGUACAUUUGCAUUUCUGAUGACAAUGCACGAUAAAGCGAAAGAUUACGUACAGGAAAGUGCGUCUGUAACAGUCUCCAACCGAAUCGCCGUAAAGACUAGAGGAUGAGAGAAUUAUAGAGCGUUAAUUGUUGGCACAGUCCAGAACCGCUUAUUUGUCGGUCUUACCUGGCGUAAUGUUCGUUGGGUCUGCACUUGUAGAAUGCUUACGAGAUGGGGAAAUUGUGUUGAAUACCUCAUUUUUCAAUCAUGACACGCGACAGGGUUUUGACAGUUUGGCGGUUUUCGGCCCACUUCUAAAAGUAAGAGGCGGGCUCAGUGAGUUCACAAUAGGAUGAGAAAACCCCACCGGAUUGAGGUGGAGGAUGUAAAGACAGGACUGUCUGUCGUCCACCUGCUCUAACUUGGAUGACCAGUAAAAUCUUAGUAUUCUUCAAAAUGGAAAACCGUCGGUUUGACAAGGUCUAAGGUUAUCCGUCAGAAGUUUAGCCACUUUUCACUAAAGGGACUUCAUCAUUCUCGUAGCGCUUUACCCAUCAGCGGAAAACUAAACCCUAUCCGAGCCAUAUGAACAGGAAUUUGCUGAUAAACGUCGUGUGAGAACCAUACCUAGAGUGCAUACAAAUAAAAUGACGUCGUUACCUUCGCCUACAUUGGUUCGAAUUUCUAAGAUCUUAUUCGGUGCACUACGCGCUGUCUGCAGCACUGUUUUAAUGCAGGUCACUAUUCCCCAGAAAGGUGGUGAAGCAGCCGAAAACAUAGUAAUGCGGCUCUCGAUAGGGUCUGAAAACCAAGUGGCUCGUGUACCCAGAUUAGGCGUCGGAUUUUCCAUCCGACAUCACGUUGUAGAGAUCCAUCUCAGUAUGGCCGUCGCGAGCGACGUUACCGUUAUCUUUCUCCUUCCAGAAAUUAAUUCACUGUCCGAGCCGGUCAGCUAUCUGAUGCAAGGAUUGGGCGCAGAUGGCUGGGCGGCGCAGGCUUGUGCCAAGGCAUGCAACCUCACCCUUCUCAUGUUUGGCAUCUGUAAUGCGAUACGUUCACUUUGAGAAACCCGGUUAACGAUUGGCGUGUCCUGAUCAGACCACUGUGUUGACCCCGUGCAUCUCUCAUGGUAAACGGUUCUUACCUUUCAGAGGUUCUUACCUUGCUCGUGGCGGCCCCAUAAUGUGUGAGAACAGUCUGCUUUAUCAAAUCUGUUAUCAUAGCCCGUAGCCUCAAGUUCAACACAAUAGGUCCACAGAUAUUGGUGACACGACAGAUCCUUGUCCCUCAAGUUUCCCUGAGUUUGUAUAUAUGUGUUAAAAUGUCUACUUAAUCUGCUAAUGAUUGGAAGAAGUAGGAACCAGAUGUUUUAAUAGCCCAACUGAGCGUCACGGGACGGCCCUUCAAAAAUGCUGUUGGCAACCUGCGUACCUCUUGAGGCAUUAACUGAAAUUCUAAAGUAUGGAUUCGUCUGAAAAGCCUUGCUUCAGUAGGGCUGCGCUGUCGAUUAGCGCGCGAUAUUAUCCACAAACCUUUCAUUCUGGCAUUCGGCCAAGCGUCCUUCCUGCCACUUGAGAAAAUUGUAUCUGUCGAAAGUGGCUGCUUAAGUGGAAGGAAUUUAUCCCGUUGACUUUCGGUGCCUUUAUAAGUCCGAACAUACUUUAGGAAGGUAUGCGCGAAUAUAUCUUUUACAGAAAAUUACGUCUUCAUCAAUUUUUCAGGUAGAGGAAAUGGCAUCUUUAGGUUUUAGCAAAGUUUCGACUCUCAAGUAAUGUCAAACCCUUGCGCUUAUGAUUUCCAAAUUACACGCAGUACACCAUCCAUUCGAGGAAAAUUCAGGAGUCCUACUGUAAAAAGCAAGCGGAUAAUGAAUUCUGGGACAACAGUGUUUCUCAAUCUAGAGACUGACCGUUAGUGCCACCCGUCUACUGGUUUAGAGGCCAACGGCCCAUCAGCAUGCCGGAUGUAAGCACUAAGAAUGAGGAGCAAGUCAGCGCCUUUUUCGGUCAUGUUCAGGACGAUUCAAUUUUAUGGCAACAUCAACCUAUUUGGUGUGAUUACCAGACGAUUUGUAUAUUUCUCCUAACGGGUCCUGUGCUUCAAGGCUGACCUCCCCAGACGGGCAUAAGAGGGUAAGUGGUUAAUGACGGACAGGCGAGCCAUCUUGGACCUGGAUUACACCAAAUGUUUCCCCCAUCAGUUGACCUUUUAUCCCUAAAUGCCAUUUUAGGGGAUUUUGCCCUCCAGGAGUUGCCUAAUGUCGAUCUAUGGCAACUGUCAGUCAGUAAGUGGGAUGCGUUGUCCGCUGCUUCGGGACAAAACUGAAUCGUCGGAAUUUAAUAGUGUGCAAUCAGGAUAGGUAGGGGCACGGCACGCUUAUGAGACUGCAUAUUCUCAUAAGCGCGGUGUUGUGGACACUGGGCUGGCCAGAAUGAUAUGUUGUUUAGUACUGGUUGAAAAUGCGACGGACAGCAGGAUUGAUCCAAUAGUACACAUCGUAGAGCCACCUGCAGUCAGAAGGCUAGGUAGGUGAUGGGCCUUAACGAUACCAUUGAGACGUUUUGGCGAAAGUGCAUUGGCUCUAACAAGAGAGACAGUUGUCCUGGUACCAACUAAGGCCCUAACUGCACAGUCCUCUGUCUGAACAGUUGUAUAAAACGGUGAAAUGGUACGAACGCCAGAUGAAAAAAGGGGAACAAAAUGAAUAUCGGAACCGUCGUCUUCCGAGCGAUGUGUCCUCAUGCAGUAGGGAGGACAAGCAUAAAUGAAAGUGGUAGGAAAAGGAAGUUGUGUUUCAAAAGUAAUAUAUCAUCCUUGUGUUUAGGAGGUAAGAACGUAACUGCUGGAUUACUACUAUUAAAAUUUCUGGUCUACGUUACCAAACUAUGAUGUGAAGAUCAUUCGAGAAGCACUAGGUGUAACUUCAGGGGUGUAGGGGGUGUCAGCGGUGGGUUCACGUGAUGGUCGUAGUGGUCGCUCACUUGCUUGCAGGUGAGACUACGCCUAGCGUCCAUUUGCUGGCACCCAACUCUCACCUGUGGCUCCACGUAGCUGGACUCUGCUCAGCGGCCACACCCCGGGCAACCGUCCCGACCGGCGGGCUAAACCAGGUGAGGGCGCUGUGCGCUUGUGCCGCGUGCACAGUGUACUGCGGACUCCGCUGGAUGGAUGGUCGGAUGAAACACUGCGCCGGCAUCGUCGAGACGAGGCUCUGCCUGGUACGCCGUUGGAUAACUGCUGCCGGGACGGGUCUCCGCAUCGCCUUCGCUGAGACGCGCCCACCCUCGCCGACGGAGACCGCGGACUCACGGCAUAUGCGGUCGUUCUCCACUACGAACAUAAAAGUCGUGGCCCCAUAGUGGGAUCGGUCGCGCCAACCAGGCACAUGGGCAGUCCGAGUCAGGGGCGGCACUGCCUGCCCCCAUGAGGGGAAGGGCCUAGAAAAGGUGGCCUAAACAUUGCUGGGUACCACGCCGUCUCCAGGCUAGCCAGGGCCGCAGACGUCUAAUCAUGCUCGAAACAAUCAAAAUCGAAACAACAACAAUGCCAAUAACAACAACAACCAUACUCCUUCUCCUCGUCCUACCUCUUCUACCUCUUCCUCUGCCUAUUCUUCUCCUUCGUCACCUUCUUCUCCAUCUCCCUCCCGUCGCCCCACUCGUCGUCACCAGACUGGCAGUGUGGGUCCGCUCACUCUGGCAGCCUGGAAUGUUCGUUCCCUUUUAGACAAUCCGAGGAGCAACCGACCGGAAAGGAGGACAGCGUUAGUGGCACGAGAACUGGCGCGCUACAAGGUGGACAUCGCCGCACUCAGCGAGACCCGUUUCUCCGAACAAGGCCAACUGGAGGAGGUGGGUGCCGGUUACACCUUCUUCUGGAGUGGUCGACCCAGGGCAGAGCGACGAGACGCGGGCGUCGCCUUCGCCAUUCGGAACGACAUCGUGGGACGACUGCCCUGUUUGCCGCAGGGCAUCAACGAUCGUCUGAUGAGCCUCCGCCUGCCUCUCCGGCGGGGGGGCCAAUUCGCCACCAUCAUCAGCGCCUACGCUCCGACCAUGACCAACCCCGACGCCGUCAGAGACAAAUUCUACGAGGACCUGCACGCCCUCUUGGCGACUGUGCCGAUGGCGGACAAGUUGGUUGUCCUUGGCGACUUCAACGCCCGCGUCGGCACAGACCAUACUGCCUGGAGAGGAGUGCUGGGUCCCCACGGUCUCCGCGGCUCAAACGACAAUGGUCUGCUGCUGCUCCGCACCUGCGCAGAACACCGCCUUAUCCUGACAAACACGUUCUUCUGUCUGCCGGAGCGAGAGAAGGCCACUUGGAGGCAUCCUCGGUCGCGUCAGUGGCACCUGCUGGACUAUGUCCUCGUCCGGAGGCGAGAUCAGCGGGACGUGCUGAUGACGAAGGCGAUCGCGGGUGCUGACGGGUGGACCGACCAUCGCCUCGUCAUUUCGAAGAUGCGUAUUCGCCUACAGCCUCGCAGGAGACCACAAGGUAAGCGACCCCCAGGUAAGCUGAAUGUUGCCUUGUUGUCCUUGCCCGCUCACCAUCUCCAUUUCAGCAAUGAGCUAGCUCAACGGCUAGACAACCUCCCCAUCGCCGAUGCCGCCGCUGCCGAAAACGCCUCCGUGGAGAACCGCUGGUGUCAACUGCGAGACACGGUCCAGGCGACGGCGCUCACCGUCCUCGGUCGCGCUCCCCGCCAACACCAGGACUGGUUCGACGACAACGACGCCGCCAUCAGAAAUCUGCUAGCUGAGAAGAACCGCCUACACAAAGCCUACGUCGAUCACCCCACUGACGACAACAAAGCUGCUUUCUGCCGCGGUCGCCGCCACCUCCAGCAGCGACUGCGCGAUAUGCAGGACGCCUGGACUGCUCGCAAAGCUGAGGAGAUCCAAGGCUACGCGGACCGCAACGAAUGGAAGAACUUCUUCUCUGCGAUCAAAGCUGUCUACGGUCCGCCGACAAAGGGCACUGCUCCUCUCCUCAGCGCCGACGGCAGUACUCUCCUGACUGAGAAGACGCAAAUCCAUCAGCGAUAGGCCGAGCAUUUCCGAGGCGUCCUAAACCGCCCUUCCGCCAUCUCCGACGCCGCCAUCGCGCGUUUGUCGCAAGUCGAGACCAACGCGGACCUCGACCUCCCGCCAUCUCUCCAGGAAAACAUCAGGGCCGUGCAGCAGCUCUCCAGCGGGAAAGCACCCGGAUCGGACGCAAUCCCUGCUGAGGUCUACAAGCACGGAGGUCCGCAACUCAUGGAUCACCUGACUGCGCUCUUCCAGGAGAUGUGGCGUCAAGGUGAAGUCCCGCAAGAUUUCAAGGACGCAACAAUCGUGCACCUUUACAAGCGCAAAGGGGAUCGCCAAAUCUGCGACAAUCACCGUGGCAUCUCCUUGCUGAACAUCGCCGGGAAGAUCUUCGCUCGCAUCCUUCUCAACCGCCUCAAUAACCACCUGGAACAGGGCCUUCUGCCGGAAAGCCAGUGCGGCUUCCGUCGUCAUCGUGGGACCACGGAUAUGAUCUUCGCCGCCCGCCAACUUCAGGAGAAGUGUCAGGAGAUGAGGACCCACCUGUACUCUACCUUCGUGGACCUGACGAAAGCCUUCGACACGGUGAAUCGUGAAGGCCUGUGGAAGAUCAUGCAGAAAUUCGGCUGUCCAGAGCGAUUCACUCAGAUGGUGCGUCAGCUACACGACGUAUGA